CCAGAGAGAUGAGGAGGCGAGCGCAACAGACAGACUCACUGCGCGUCUGAACACAACUACGAGGGGAGCGCUUGUCAAGGAAGCCCGUGGCAUUUCUGGAUAUUACUAGGACGUCUCCGUAUCGAAACCGAGUGAUAUAAACAGUAUUUGUUUCAAUUCCUUCCACCAACCCCUUUUUUUCCAUAUUUUAUUUUCUCUCCUCAUCGUUGAGCAUCCUUCCUUUACCUGUCUGCCCAUCCUCUUUCACUGGUUUACCUGGCUAACUUUCCCCUUGACACCAUCCCACACACCCUCCAUUGCCCGCCCCCUCCCCCCACCAGACCUUUUCACUCGAACCCCCUUCAUAUUGUAGCUGCGCCACCUCGAAUCGGGCGGAACCCGUUGGUUACUCUACAGCACUUCAUGGGGCACGCUUUCUUGCACGGAAGAUGUCCCUUUCUUGGUCACUGAGCGCCCCGGUGAAACAGCCAACGUCUGGACCGGAGUUGUUGGUGCGUGUCUGCCUCUUUUGCCCAGCUCGCUUGUGUUGUCGGGGUACGCCGCUGAACUGAGAUGGGUCUAUCGGUGGCGGCUGCGGCACUACAGGAGCCCCGACGCCCGCACCAGUGGAGCCGGACAGUGGGAGAUUGGGUCUGGAUCACCGUCGUUUCGUUUUUAGCCACUUUACCUGUAGAGCAACUUUGCGCUUUCCCGUCAUCCCUCAGCGACUGUCAGACGCCUACCGGCUGGAACUGCUCUGGUUUUGAUGACCGGGACACAGAUCUCUUCUUGUGCGACACCAACACCUGCAAGUUUGACGGAGAGUGUCUGAGAAUUGGAGAGACAGUGACGUGCAUCUGCAACUUCAAGUGCAACAAUGACUACGUCCCAGUGUGUGGCUCCAACAAUGAGAACUACCAGAACGAGUGUUAUCUACGCAGGGACGCCUGCAAGCAGCAGUCUGAAGUGCUGGUGGUGUCAGAGGGCUCUUGUCCUGUCGAUGCCGGGUCAGGCUCGGGAGAUGACGGAGGUGAGGGCUCGGCGGAGACUGGGCAGAAGGAGACGUCCACCUGUGACAUAUGCCAGUUUGGGGCGGAGUGCGAUGUGGACGCUGAGGAUGUAUGGUGUGUGUGUAACAUCGACUGCUCCCACAUCAGCUUCAACCCAGUUUGCGCCUCGGAUGGCCAUUCCUAUGACAACCCCUGCCAGGUGAAGGAGGAAUCGUGUCAGAAGCAGGAGCGGAUCGAGGUCAAAUACCUGGGCCACUGCCAAGGUGACAUCAUGACAGGGACCAAAGCCGGAGACGGACACUAUGCCAGGAAAGAUUACUCAGAAGAGAAGCCGGACCAGAGAGGAGAGGUGGCCAUAGGCUUGUACAUCCCCUGUCCUGAGCACUACAAGAACUACUGUGUCCACGGAGAGUGUGAAUAUCCCAACAUACUGUCUGUGCCGUCCUGCAGCUGUCACUCAGGCUUCAGCGGACCCCAGUGUGAAAAUAAGGAGUACAAUGUGCUCUACGUGGUCCCCGGCUCUGGCAAGCUGCGCUACGUCCUCAUCGCCUCCAUCAUCGGAGCUCUGCAGGUGGCCAUCAUCUGUGUGGUGGUGCUCUGUAUUACCAGGAAGUGCCCGCGGAGCAACAGGGUCAAUCGGCAGAAGCAGAAUGCCACCCACUACAGCUCGGAGAACACCAUGCGCGCCUCCACCCGCCUCAUCUGACUGAGCCGCCCCGCGAUGGGGGAAACCCUGAGACCYGCUCCUCUCUGGGUCCAAGUUGCCCCGUAGACACAGAUCUAGGAUCAGCUUCACCCUUCUUGUACUUCCCUACAAUCCCAACCUGAAUGAACUAUAAAGGAUUGGGUAGUGGGAGGGGGACGAAACGCAAAACUGACCUUAGAUCAGCAUCUAGGGGCAACUUCAUCCUUCUGGAGACCAGCGCCGACACCAAUGAUGAGUCAUUGAACAAUGGGCUUUUGGGGUGAGGAUACAGGGUCGGUGUGUUGGUUGG